AUGUCCGUGCAAGAUUCUGCCUCGGAUGAGGGUGAAUGGCUUGAUCUGGAAUCGGAUGAGGAGUCGAUUCCUAUCACAUCUUUUUUCACCACGCAGACUUUCCCAACGGUCGCUGCCAUGCUUGAGGAUAGCAGCAAGAACCACGGAUACAACUUCAUCGAGGACGUGCAAAGGCUCCAACUAGACUUUCAUGGUGCUGUCAAGUUGGUCAAUUUUGUUCGCCAUCAUGUCAAGAACGACUUGCCACUGCCCAAGAAUAUCUCUGCCGAGGACCUAGAGGAUGAAAAAUAUCUUCGCCCAGUUCUUGACGAUGACGCACUCAUCUUCUCUCUCGACGAAGUUCUGGAAGCUAUGACCAAUGACCAGACCAAGGAGGGUCAUCUUGCGGCACGCAACAAAGAGCUUGAGGAGGAACUCAAGAAACUUCAAGAUCAAUUUGCCAGUUAUCGUAUCACGGUUCAAGAGACUCUCGACAAACGUUGGGGUGACGAUAAUACCGAAGCGACUUCUAUUGAGAAGAAGGACGACUCUGCUUACUAUUUUGAGUCAUAUGCUGCUCACGAGAUUCACGAGACUAUGCUGAAGGAUACCGUGCGAACUGACGCAUAUCGCGACUUCAUCUACAACAACAAGCACAUUUUCAAGGACAAGGUUGUGCUCGACAUCGGAUGUGGAACUGGAAUCCUGAGCAUGUUUGCCGCAAAGGCAGGUGCCAAGCAAGUCAUUGCUGUUGACAAAUCAGACAUCAUUGUUAAGGCUAGGGAGAACAUCUUUCACAAUGGCUUAUCUGAAGUCAUCACUACCCUCAAAGGCGCGAUCGAGGACGUUAAGCUGCCCGUGGAGCAAGUUGAUAUCAUUGUCAGCGAAUGGAUGGGCUACUGCCUUCUCUACGAAGCCAUGCUCCCCAGUGUAUUGUACGCUCGGGACCGCUAUCUCAAGCCGGAUGGUAUCCUGGCGCCGAGCUCUGCCACUAUCUGGAUUGCUCCUGUUGCAGACUCGGAGUACAUUUCAGAUCACAUCUCCUUCUGGAGAGAUGUCUACGGUUUUGACAUGAAGACCAUGCAGGAGGGGAUCUAUGAGGAGGCAAGAGUUGAGGCCAUGCCCCAGAGCUCUCUUUGUGGCGAACCCUUCCCCUUCAAAGUGCUCGAUCUUCAUGCUGUCAAGACCGAAGAUCUUCAGUUUACCGCCGAGUGGAAGUCUAACCUCACGCGCGAGGUCGAAAAUAUUGAUGGUUUUUUAAUCUGGUUCGACAACUUCUUCACCACGGCCCGCAGCGACCCAGUACCCCCCGCCGAGACAACGCCAGAGACCUGGGACAAGACGGACCAAGGUGGUGUCGCAUUCACAACUGGACCCUCUGGCACUGUCACUCACUGGAAGCAAGGUCUCUUGAUUGCGCCUCCUACUGACAACCCAUCCAACAAGUGUCCAAAGAGUCUAUCUGGGGAGAUUGUUUUCACAGCCGCCGACGACAAUGCCCGAGCGCUGGUCUUGCGGGCAUCUUGGACUGAUUCUGAGGGCGGCUCUAGGAAGCAUUCGUGGCAGCUAAAAUAG